UGGAACCUCAACCCAGCACAUUAUUGUGAUAGAGGCUGCAGAUAUAGAGGCUGCAGGUCCUGGGGUCAAGCAGGAGAGGUCUGUAGGAGAGGAGGACCCACGUCACAGCAGAGACAUCCAGACUGCAGCGCCCCCUGAAGCCACGGAGGACCUUGCCACCGCCGUGCCCCAGCCCAGGACCAGACGCAGCAUCACGGAGGAGGAAGAGGGUCCAGAGGUGCUGCUGGUGAAGGAGGAGGGGUGUGAGGAGGGUCUGAGUAACCCUGAGGGGACAAUGGUCAUGGAGGACAACCAGACUACACCUCCUCCUGAACCCACAGAGGAGCCAGCUGAGCAGCACAGGACCACACUCAGUCUCACUGAGUCAGUGGACAUGGAGGAUGGGAAGCCUGAUCUGCUGCUGGUCAAAGAGGAGACGAUAGAAGAUGGACCAGAGAGCAUUGAUCUGCUGAGUGGACUAAAGAUGGGGGAGCAAGGUGGUUGGCUGGAGGCUAACAGAGGAGACUGGACGGCCAUCUUGGAUUCCCAGACCCAGACAGGUGCAGCCAAAGGCCCUGGGGACGACAUCACUGAGCAGGCCAGGACCAGAGGGGACAUAGUGGAGUCUGCAGUCCAUGAGGACCUGCUGAUAUCCAGUGUUACUGGCGGGAGAGACUGGACCUCUGAAGCAGCUGGUCACAAAUCCUGGCCCCGGAUCAGAACCAUGGAUCAGGAGCCGUCAAUAUUCCUUCCUGAAUCGGAACCAGGACCCAACUGCAAGAGACGGAGACUCCACCACCACACAGAACACAACCAGUGGACAGGUGGACUGAACAACCUCAGUCCUGGUGGUCAUCAGAGAGACAGAGGCUCCAGUCAGGGAUCCAGUCUGCAGCCCAGAACCUUCUCUUCACAGUCUCAGUGCAGGGAUGACGCAGGGCCUGGGGCUGAUAGAGAUAGACCCUCCUGUUCCUAUGAUACAAACAUCACAGUAUCCAUGAUGAACAGAGCAGGUCACCCUGAGCUUCAGCCUUCACAGAGAGUGGUGGGAGACCCCCCUGGUGGUAGUCUAUCAGCAAAUCUGUCUUCUCCUUCAGGAUCUCAUCUAAUGUCUGGUGACUGGGUUCAUAGAAAGCCUGGGCCUAGCUUUCCUCAGUUACCUCAUGGUUACCCCACCAAUACAGACAGAUUCAGGAUGGGCGUUUACCACAAGAAGCACCUAGCCUAUAGCACAGCACACAAUCCCAACAACACCCAAACAAUGACUAGAGGUCAAGGAGGGAGCUCAAAGACUAACCACCUGAGGGCGGUGGCGCCUGCUUCUACCUCCUCUGUCAUUGGGUCACAAUGUGGAAGGUCGGGCAUUAGGACGGAUGCCGACAAGCCAUACGCCUGCCCCACGUGUGGGAAGCGCUUUGCUAAGACUAAAUAUAUGAAACAGCACCAGAACAUUCACACCAAGGAGAGGCCUUUCAAGUGCAAACUAUGUUACAAGAGCUUCUCCUUCCUGAGUUACCUCAUCAGACAUAGCUGUGCCCACAAUGGGGAGAAAUUGUAGCUAUUCUCUAGCUGAAAUAUUUUAUUUAUCAUGUGAAGUGUACUGGGGUAAGAAUUUUGGGGGGGAUUACUAGGUCCCUUAGUUGAGCAUCUGGGUACGCUCACAUGAUACAGACUUGUUGUUUUGGUGUGCUAGCCAAAACACUGACAUUGAAGUGUAUCACUAUUUCACCUCUGAACUUGGUUUUACCUAUGUUCUAUUCAUAACAAUAGUUUUUAUAACCCCUUUAAACACAUGAUUUGGCAUAGUCAGGUGGGAUCUGUUAAUAAUAGGUGAUCAAAUCUUUUAAUAAAUGAGAUAUCAUGUUGUCCUUUCAAUAAACAAGCAAAUAAACAAGCAAAUAAAAUUAACUUAUCAUUAAG